AUGUGGCUUUGGCUCUGGCUGCUCCUCCUCGCAGCACAGCUGGCAGCUCUCCACGGCAGCUCUGCACUCCAGCAGACCCCUGGGGAGAAGGUGGCUCAGACCAACACAGUGGUGAGCCUAGCCUGUGAAGCCAAAACCUCCCAAAGCACGCGCAUCUACUGGCUGAGACAGCACCAGCCCCCAAGCACGGACAAUCACUAUGAGUUCCUGGCCGUCGCGGAUCCUACGAAAACUGUGUAUGGCAAGGAUGUGGAGCAGGAGAGGCUAAAUGUGAGUCAGGUGGCAACCAAGUCCGUUCUCACUCUCGGAAGGGUGCAGCCUGCAGACAGCGGUGUCUACUUCUGCAUGACCAUCGGGACCCCCGAGCUGACCUUCGGCAAGGGAACUCAACUGACUGUGGUUGAUGUCCUUCCCACCACUGCCAAGACCACCACCAAGUCCACCCCUAAGAAGAUAAGGUGCCGGCCCCCAAGCCCGGUGACUCAAAAGGGCCCGCCUUGUGGCCCCCUGACCCUCGGCCUGCUGGUGACGGGCGCCGUGAUUCUGCUGGUGUCCCUGGGUGUGGCCAUUCACCUGUACUGCCAGCGGAGGAGAGCCCGGAUUCGCUUCAUGAAGCAGUAA